AUGACUGAAGUACAAACAUACCAUCUACCCCCAACGGACCUGGUGCCCAACUCACCUCGCCCACUUAUUCAUUACAAGAAUGUCCUGCCACGGGCCAAAUCCACUGGACGGUGCAGCCCAGGAGAUGCUUGGCAGAUGCUUGAGAACAACGGAUGGCGCGUGAACUGGCUGGUCCGCUACGGCCAUACCCAGAUGUCUCAUUUCCACUCUCAAGCACACGAGACCAUGGCCGUGCUAUCAGGCACGGCAACCAUCAGAUUUGGUGUAGGAGACACAUCAGAUGACCUCCACGCCAACACACACGGCGAUGCCUGGGAAAAGGGAGGUAUCGAGCUCCAAGCCGAGGCCGGCGACGUCUUCGUCAUCCCUGCCGGCGUCGCGCACAAGACACACAAGACGUUGCCAAAAGCCGCGCAGACUCUUCUGUCUCCGGGGACAGGCCACGGGAUCGAAGUAGACGAUCCCAAAAAGGCCCUAUCGGAGAUCGAGCUCGACGGCUUCACAAUGAUGGGUGCGUACAACAGUGGUGAAUGGGACUUUGUCGUCAGUGGCGGGGAUUACGAGCAAGUUUGGGCAACCCCAAAGCCACUUCUGGAUCCUGUGUUUGGUAAUUCGCCAAACGGACUUCGCGGGCUGUGGCGUGGCAGUGGUGAGGAAAUGAGCACGACAUCCAAUCGUAUUAGUCGUCUCUAG